CAUGAUCACGUCACUUUAACCGCUCUCUUCUCUUCUCCUCUCCUUUCUCGCUCACUCGCUCAGUCGCGCACAGGGAGAGAACCUCGUUUCGUUCUUCCGGGAUCUCUGCAUCCAUGGCAGCCGCCGACGCGUCCUCCCCUACGCAGAGGAUAUUCCGCCGCCUGAUCUCGCCCACCAAGUCCGACGCCAAGCCGUCGCCGCUCUCCUUCUCCGCCGCCAGGGGAACCAGGUCCUUCGCGUGCGGCUUCAUCCUCACCUUCGUCGCCUGCACCUUCCUCUUCGUCCUCAACCCGACCACUCGCUUCUCCUCCUCCUCCCCCUGGCUUCCCAACCUCUUCGCCGCCUCCUCCUACAGAUCUCACUUCUUCUCCAUGCUCUCUCGCUUCGGCCGUAAUCCCUCCGAAUCCGCCUCCCUCUCGCUCCCUCCCUCGCCUCCGCGUCCUCGUCUUCCUGGAGACCUCGCCGUUUCUCGGGGCGGCGAAGAAGCGGCUGCUUCGCGUUCGGACCGGAGGGACGAUCGAAGGAGGAGCGGGAUUGGCGCCGCGAAGACGGCGAGCGAAGCGGCAUUGGGGUCGAGAGAGGAUGGUGGAGAUGUGAAUGGGGAGAGUCCAUCGAGGAGGAAGAAGAAGAAGAAGAGGAUGGAGAAUUGGCCACAGCCGGUGAAGAAGUGCGAUGUGUACGCGGGGAGAUGGGUGAGGGACGAGUCUUAUCCGCUUUACUCGCCUGGUUCCUGCCCUCACAUCGACGAGCCUUUCAACUGUUUUCUGAAUGGGAGGCGUGAUUCUGGAUAUCUCAAGUACCGAUGGCAACCGCACGAUUGCAACAUCCCCAGGUUGAGCGGUCGGGAAAUGUUGAAAUUAUUAAGGGGAAAGCGUCUUGUGUUCGUCGGCGAUUCUCUCAAUAGGAAUAUGUGGGAAUCUCUUGUUUGUAUUCUUAGAAACUCAGUUGAGGACAAGAGCAGAGUCUUUGAGGCUUCUGGAAGGGAAGAGUUCCGAACUGAGGGCUAUUACUCGUUUAUAUUUCAGGAUUACAAUUGCUCUGUGGAGUUCUUUCAAUCACCGUUCUUGGUGCAAGUAUGGGAAAUGCCUAUGGCGAAUGGAUCAAAGAGGGAGACACUUCGGCUAGAUGUUGUCGAGGGAUCCUCUGAUAAGUACAAGAAUGCAGACAUCCUUGUUUUCAACACCGGGCAUUGGUGGACUCAUGAGAAAACUUCCAAGGGAAAGGAUUAUUAUCAGGAAGGCAGUCAUAUCUACAGCCAAUUGCACGUGAAAGAGGCAUUUCGGAAAGCAUUGACAACUUGGGGAAGAUGGAUAGACUCCAACAUAGACCCAAAUAAAACGCUUGUUUUCUUCAGGGGCUAUUCUUUUGGCCACUUUAGAGGAGGACGCUGGAAUUCCGGCGGGCGAUGUGACAAAGAGACCGAUCCAUACAAGGAAGAGACAUACUUAUUCAAGUAUCCUCGAAAGAUGAGAAUCCUUGAAUAUGUGAUAAAGGGUAUGAAGACACCAGUCUUCUAUCUCAAUGUAACAAGGAUUACUGGUUUGCGAAAGGAUGCACACCCGUCAAUAUACAGGAAGCAGAAUUUAACAGAAGAGGAAAGGAGAUCACCAGUACGAUACCAGGAUUGUAGCCAUUGGUGCCUGCCUGGCGUUCCCGAUACUUGGAAUGAGCUCCUGUACAGUCAGAUUCUUAUUAGGGAAACAGAAAAGUGGCAAACGAACAGCUGAGGGAAAUAGUAUAGAUAAAGGAAAACAAUGGUCUCGCUGCCUUCGUGGUUACACCAAAUAACUGACUUACCGUUUAUAGCUUGCUUCCACGAACUGGAUGACAGGACCAUUCACCGUGCCGCCCGAGCUCUUCUGUUGGAUGAAGAAGAUCUGUUUUUGAAGGGAAGGGACAGAAAAGGCACGUGGUCCCUGAACACUUGCUUCGUUUACUAUACCACGUCACCCCGUUUUCACACUGGUAAAAGGGUGAUGAAGAUGGGAUAAGAUUUCAGACCUGCUAGUUGUGAUUGUUGAGGUGCGGGAAAAUUUCUUCCUAACUGUUUGUUCGUUCUGUAUAUUGCCCCUUCAAUCGUGAAAAGGCAUUUAAAUGCCCUUGAAUGAUUGGUUGAGCAACUGUAUGCAGACUUGAGUUUUGUUAUCAAUGUACCCAUUUGGU